GAUUAAACGGUGAACCUUGACGUACUACUUAAAUUACAUUCCCAAUAAAACAAAGCAAAAUGUGUAAUUGUUUUAAUUGCAAAUUGUGUUUUAUUAAAAGAUAGUGGCAGUGUGUUCAAUACUUUUAAUCUGAAUUUUGCAUUGCUAGUGAUUUUGUGAACUUCAGUAAUAUAAAUAAACAAAUAAAAAUCAAAAUGGAAGCUCUAGAACGGAGAGGGAAGGUGCUGGCAAUAGCAGCUAUAGUUUUCAUCGUGUUUUGGUCGCAAUGUAAAGGCGUGUCGGGGCACCGGAACUCGACUAAGAUGUCGUACGUGUGCCCGCCCGAGUUCAUCCGACUCGGCCACAGCUGCUACUACUUUAGCGAGAACAAGGCCACGUGGCAGAGUGCGCUAUUUGCCUGCAAGGAUCGCGACAGCAACCUAUCUGUUCCAGCGCGAUGGGAGGACAGAAAUCUUAGAAAAUACCUUAACAAGCCUGAUGUCUCUCGAACCAGCCGCUGGAUCGGUGGUAUCUACGACUUAGCAGCGCGCGCGUGGAAGUGGGGCGGGGAAUUACGAACUAUGCAUUACCAGUCAUUCUCUAAGAUGAAGAAAAUGUCUCCAGAUGAGCUGCAGUUCCACUGCAUCGCCAUGAUGCCUGAACUUCUCUACAGAUGGGCACCACGCAGCUGCAUCGAACCACGCCAAUACAUAUGCCAAACGAAGCUUCGCAAAGUUCCCAAAUCGAAGUUGAAGGAUCUACGCAAACGUUGGGAGCGUAUGGGCAAGAUCAACGAAAUAACCGCGCCGAGUAUAAGCCGAGAAAUCAACGACCCGAGAAACAACGAAGUCACCGCCAACCCGAUGCUGAACCCGAAGUCCUACGACCUCCAACCGAGCCCCAUACGACUAAGGCCACAAUCACAUUCGAGGAAUUCUUUGAGAAGUAACUUGAAAUCAUACGAUCUAAGACCGAAUGAACUACGGAAGCGAUCGAGACCAUUACCGCGUAGACGAUUGACAAGACCUUUCCCUGGAUAUCAAUGGAACCGCCGUGACCCUGAAGGCUCGUAUCGCUAUAACGCCGAAAUCUUGCACUCGGGCCGCACCGGACUCAGUCCACAACAGAUCAAAGGCCACCUCGCACGGCUGCAACAUCUACGCGACAAACAAGUCGCGCGACGAAAGCGCCUUCGCAACUCCAACGACUGGCUGGAGAAUACUGCCCCUGCCUUAGCGCAAACUCAUCCGAGAACUUACACUGUAGAUAACAACAUCAGUGCUUUGCAUCCCAAAACAAUUGUCGAAGAGUUCGAUAUGCCUGCACCUAUGCCUGUAGCCGUUUUAAGGCAAAAUCGUGGAACAGGCUAAACUUUUUUAAAUGUAUCUAAGUGUAUGCUUUAUUUGUGUAGAUGUAAGCGCCUUCUUCUAUUGUGCUUUUCAGAUUAAAUUGUCGAUGGUAAAUUAAGGGCGCGUUCCCAUUCUGUAGUCGUGCAUCCCAUUUGAUAGUCGUGCAGUUUAAAAUGUCGUGGCUUGUAUAUUUAAAUGAAGCUGUUCCCAUAU